UCAGAUGUUUGUGGUAAAAUGGAAAAAGCAUACACACUGCGUUUGUUUGUAAAUUUAACAAAAAAUUUAACAUCAAUACGAAAAAUUUCAAAAUUUAAUUGGAAUGAUCCAUUUUUAUUAGAAGAACAAUUUACUCAGGAUGAAUUAUCCAUUCGCAAUAGCUUUCGGAAAUAUUGUCAGGAUAAACUAUUCCCCAGAGUUUUAUUAGCAAAUAGAAAUGAAUAUUUUCAUAAAGAAAUUUUUAAAGAGAUGGGUGAAUUAGGUGUGUUGGGUGCAACUUUAAAGGGAUAUGGCAUGCCUGGUAUAUCGUCAGUAGCUUAUGGUUUAUUAGCAAGAGAAAUUGAGAAGAUAGAUAGUGGAUAUCGUUCAUGUAUGAGUGUGCAAUCUUCUUUAGUCAUGUUUCCUAUUCAUGCUUUUGGGUCUGAAGCACAGAAACUUAAAUAUUUGCCUAAACUUGCCAAAGGUGAUAUGAUUGGUUGCUUUGGACUCACUGAACCUAACCAUGGCAGUGACCCAUCAUCAAUGGAAACAAAAGCUCAAAAAAUUACAAAAAAUGGAAAGACUUAUUAUUUGCUAAAUGGAACUAAAUCAUGGAUUACCAAUUCUCCGGUCGCUGAUCUAUGCUUGGUGUGGGCUCACGUUGUAUCUCCUUCCCCUUCCUCUCUCGACAAAGCUAAACGGAGUAAUAUAGAUAAUCAAAUAAAAGGUUUUUUGAUCGAAAAAGGCAGCCCUGGCCUAUCAUGUCCCGAAAUCAAAGGUAAAUUUUCUCUUAGAACUUCUGUCACUGGUCAAAUUGUCAUGGACAAUGUAGAGGUUUUGGAGGAAGAUAGUAUUUUGCCUGGCGUCGUUGGCUUGAAGGGACCAUUUAGCUGUCUAAACAACGCCAGAUAUGGCAUAGCCUGGGGUGCCCUGGGUGCUGCUGAAUUUUGCUUUGAAAGAUCCAGGGAAUAUGUGCUAGAUAGAAAACAAUUCGGAAAACCUUUGGCUAGCUAUCAGUUGAUUCAGAAAAAAUUGGCUGAAAUGUUGACUGAAAUAUCCAUAAAUUUACAGGCUUGUUUGCGGGUUGGACGGUUAAAAGAUGAGAACAAAGCGGCCCCUGAAAUGAUAUCACUGAUCAAGAGAAACAGUUGCCUUCGAUCAUUAGAAAUCGUCAGGCAAGCUAGGGAUCUAUUGGGUGCAAAUGGAAUAUGCGACGAAUACCAUAUAAUCAGACACGUUAUGAAUCUUGAAUCAGUCAAUACUUAUGAAGGUACGAGUGACAUACACGCUUUAAUACUUGGUAAGGCUAUAACGGGAAUAUCUGCGUUUAGUUAACACAUUCAUUCAUUUCGAAAAAUUGACUAUUAUUCAUACUAUUUUCCCUUUGAUUUUUGAAAUAUUUAACCAGAGACCUGCAGAGCUACUUAUUUACAGUUCUUAACUAGGCUUCUUAAAUUUUGUCAUUUUUCAGACUUUUCUGGUUAUCAAAACCUCGAUUUUAAGGCCCGUGGCAAUCGGAGUCUAUCUCGAAUGUAUUUACUAUUUUGAUAGCUAAUUAUUCUUUUGCCUUUUUUAAUCACUUCAACAAUAAAAAAAAUCAUAAAUUGAGACAAAUUGAUGAAAACUUCAUAGUAGAAUUAUAGUUACUUUAUAAAUAAGUAUUAUAUCAUCAAAAUAAUUUUAAUAUUUUAUUUUAUUGAUUCACGAUUGCAAUUGAUAUUAUAAAUUAUUGUAUAAUAUAUUCAAUGUUAAUAUAAUUUAUUAAAAAUAUUUUAUUUUUCACUUUAAUUAGAUCAAAUAAUUAUAAUUUUAUCAUUCAUUCGACCCACCAAAUUUUAAAAUAUCGUCAUGUAGGCUAAUACAUUUAUUUGGUUAUUUUUUUAAAGGUCUUCAAGCUUUUUUAUACACAGAAAUUGAGAUUUUAUAGGCCAAUACAUUUAUUGGAUAAAUUUAUUUACCAAAGAUGGUCAAGUUUUUUAUGCACGGAAAUC